CUUUGGUGAUCUUCACUUCUUGAAAUCUAAUAUCACUAAGCGUGCGUGCCUUUUAAGAAAUCACACAUUAUGACUGGAAAAUGUUAAUGUAUCUAUUUUCAUUUAUUUGUCUUUCAGAAUGUUUCAGGGUGAAAGGUCAAAUGCAAAAAGGCUGACAGCAGUCUCAACUGGCAAAGAUCACGCCACAUUUACAUGCAACACUCCUUUGCCAAGAUCUUAACUCUUCACAGCCUUUUUUUUAAACGGAACUAAAGUUGUAUUACGCAAAGAAAGGAAGGCGCAUCUGCAGCAGUGGAGUGCACUUCUGCCAAUGAUGGGACUGUGUUGCUGGACUCCAGAAGGUCAUGAUUAAGCUGUCAAGUGAAAGCCGAGCGUCAUCAACGUGGUCGAACAGCAGAGCUCAGAACAGCCCACAGAUCUUAGAAGCAGGAAAAUAUUUGCAGAUUCCAGAGAGACAGUGCUGGCACGGCCACGCAGGUGGAGGACUCAGUGCAGACCCCAAAAAUGUGCUGAAGGAAGUGAACUCCUCUAAGGUUCUGGUGGCCAUGUUGACGUAUGUUAGGCCCAAGGACAGACCGGACCUGCGCGCUCGAGUGGCCAUCUCACUGGGUCUCCUCGCUGGAGCCAACAUAACCAACAUUAUGGUGCCCUUCAUGUUUAAAUAUGCGGUGGACGGCCUGAACCAGAUGUCGGGACACAUGUUGAACCUGAGCGGCGUGCCGAACACGGUGGUCACCAUGGCAACGGCUGUUUUGAUUGGCUAUGGUGUUUCCCGCGCCGGGUCCGCUCUCUUCAAUGAGCUGAGGAAGAUCCAGAAGAAUAAGGCUGAUAAUGAGGCUGGAAAUGCUGCUAUCGAUUCUCUCCUCAAUUAUGAAACCAUUAAGUACUUCAACAAUGAGAAGUAUGAGGCCGAGCGUUACGAUAGUUUUCUGAAGGUGUACGAGUCGUCCUCUCUGAAGACCACCUCUUCUCUGGCCAUGCUCAACUUUGGUCAGAGCACCAUCUUCAGCGUCGGCCUCACCGCCAUCAUGGUGCUGGCAAGCAAAGGCAUAAUGGCAGGCAGCAUGACUGUGGGGGAUCUAGUGAUGGUGAACAGGCUGCUCUUCCAGCUCUCUAUGCCGCUCAACUUCCUGGUCACCGUAUACAGAGAGACCCAACAGGCCCUCAUAGACAUGAACACGCUCUUCACUCUGCUCAGCAUCGACACCAAAAUAAAGGAGAAAGAAAUGGCCCCCCCGAUGCUCGUUACACCCCAGGAAGCCACCAUCAGGUUUGAGAUUGUGUAUUUUGAGUACUUGGAGGGACAAAAGGUGCUUAACGGGGUUUCCUUUGAAGUACCUGCAGGGAAAAAGGUGGCCAUUGUUGGCGGCAGUGGAUCUGGAAAGAGCACGAUUGUCCGAUUGCUCUUUCGUUUCUACGAGCCACAGCGGAGCAACAUCUUCAUCGCAGGCCAGAACAUUCGUGAUGUUAGUUUGGAGAGCUUGAGGAAAGCUGUGGGCGUCGUGCCGCAGGACGCCGUGCUUUUCCACAAUACCAUAUUUUACAAUCUGUUGUAUGGUAACAUCAACGCCACAGCAGAGGACGUCUACCGUGUGGCCAAACUAGCUGGAAUCCAUGACGCCAUUCUCCGAAUGCCUCAUGGAUACGACACGCAGGUCGGAGAGCGAGGCCUGAAGCUCUCAGGUGGAGAAAAGCAGUGUGUGGCCAUCGCACGGGCCAUCCUUAAGAACCCUCCCGUUUUGCUGUAUGACGAGGCCACGUCUUCACUAGACUCGAUCACUGAAGAGCAUAUUCUGACUUCUGUGAAGGAGAUGGUGAGAGACAGAACAUCUGUCUUUAUUGCACACCGGCUGUCCACCAUUGUGGAUGCAGAUGAGAUUACUGUACUAAAUCAGGGGAAGGUGGCGGAGCGCGGCAGUCAUCAGGCUCUGCUGAGCACGCUGGGCAGUCUGUACGCAGACCUGUGGAACACACAGAACAGCAGAAGCACGAGCGCCGCGGCCCGGCCUGAGCCUGUACCCGAGCGCCUGGCGCAGAGAGAAGAGGAGCGCAAGAAGCUGCAGGAGGAGAUCCUCAACAGCGUGAAGGGCUGCGGGAACUGCUCCUGCUGAGCUCUGCUCCUCUCCUCCAGACCGCCACUGGACUGGGAUCACAGCGAGGAGUCGAGGAUGUUAUUUCAUCCUGAACUGACAGCGGCGUCCUUCUUCUUUGUGACUUUUCCAUAACCUCAGGGGCCAAUGUCAUGCCUUUAUUUUCACAUGCUGUCAAGGUUUUAAUAGAUUUGUCCAUGCCAUCUGGAACUCUUGUAAGUUGUCUUUAUUAUGCAUAUGUACAUAUCACAAAUGCAAUAUUUUUGAGAAUCGCAUUGUAUAGAGUGCAUAGAUAUUUUGUCUGUUGAAUUAUGUUAGAUAUGUCUGGACCAUUUAGAACAUUUCUCCCUGAACACUGGCACCUCUGAUGUCUCAUCAACAUUAAUUUAUACCAAAUCUGAAUGAGAUGUCAUCGAAAGUACAUUCAACAACUU